CCGGCCCCUCCUGCCUCGCACCCCCACCUCCCCCUCUUGGUUGUACCCGCAGUCCAUCCGCGCGCACUGGUGGUGGUGGUGGUGCUGUUGUUGUUGUUGUUGUUGGUGUUUGUUGAUGCUGGUGCUGGUGCUGUAUCGUCUCCGUCUCCUCCCCCCCCCCCCCCAUAGUGAAGAGCCACCAGUGUAACCUCGCCCUUCCAUGCCACGCGCCUCCUGUCUCGGCAUCGCUUGUAGUCGCCCCGGUGCAGCGCUCGUCGCUGGGAGCGGCAGUUUCCUUUUUGUGCGCUUGCAGCUUGCGUUCUUUCCCCAAUGAGGAUUCGCAAAGGCCACCGCUGCUUGCCGCUGGCGCCCGCGGAUCGUUCUUGUUUGCAGGAGGAUUUGGCGCACAGGGAUCAAAGUGGUCGUGCGGUAGAUGCCCGGAAAGCCGAGGUCCAAUCGCCUGGACUCGCCGACGGCACUGCUGCUGUUGCUGCACCCGCAGACGUUGCAGCCACCAGAGGCUCUCAGGACCUGACGCCAGACGUAAUGAAUUCCGGUGCGGUAUUGUCGAGUUUUGGCCGAAAAGGCAAUCUUCGGACGCCGUUUCUACUUGGAACCGAUCAGGAACAUGCACACGGCACGUCUUUGGAUAGAGACGCGAGCCUGGAGGAUGAUCCAGAAAAGAACAGGGUUUCCGCCGAUGAUGAUUUCAACGACCAGUCCGCGGUUCAGAAUACAGUUGAGACCGGGUCGUCAGCUGAUGGACAUUCAAGAAAGCGUCGCGCGUCGAUCUCCGCGGAAGUGAAACUCUCCAUCAGCUCUAUCAUACGAGCAGGUGUGGCACCCGUGAAAACUAAUUCGCCAACGGCUCUAGUAAGUGCGCAGUCAGUUGUCACGUCGGACUUGUCACUUGUCAAAGACCGUAAGGACGCGAAAGAUAGCAGCCCAUCUAUUGCAAUGAAAACCAUGGAUCAGCACAAUCUUCUGUUGCAGUCUUUGAAGCGCGUCUGCUCUACUGCUGUGAAUACCGGGCUGACAGCGAAAGAGGCAGUUGCAAAAAUCCGAGAGCUAAGCCUACCAGGUUUGAACGAAGGGGGUGAGAGACUGAUCGUUCAGGUAGCUAAAGCAUUCCGUAGUUCUUCCGCUUUCAUCGAGCGCGAGGAGCGUGGAAGAUACUUUGUACAGGAUUCUUCGAGUUUAAAAGAGUGGGAAAAUUUCAAUGCUGAAGAAUCCAGUGUUAAUUGUGAGAUGGCAAUUUUGAGAGAACCUACAGAAGCGGAAAAGGCCGAAGAAGCUGCGAGGCAGUUGCAAAGUUUGCAGAGGGUGCAGGAGAAUAUCGUUGAUCGUGAGGGGGUAACAAAUCGCAAGGAAAAAAAUGGGCUCGAGGGGAAAUUAGAUCAUAGAAUUGUAACAUUGAGAACCAAGAGCGGCGCCAGGGCGUCCAGCUCACAGAAGGCGAGUCUGUCGCGGGAUCAAUCAGGAUCCCGGUGCAAUCGGGAUGAUGGGAAGGGUUGGAGAUGUUUUCGACCUGCGGAAGUAGGAUUUUCUUUGUGCAAGUACCACCGGGAUCAGAUCCGCCGGGCCGAAAUUCGUCGAAGGAAAUCGAGGAAUAAGUCAAAGGAACAGAUUCCAGUGAAGCCUUUGUACCCUAUACCGAAGGAUGUCAAGAUAUCUUCCAUUUCAGAAGUGGAUAAAUCAGUCGACGCCAAUAUGAUUGAAUCUGACGACGAACUGCCUGAUAUUAAGCGUCGGAAAUUUGUGAAAGCAAAAUCCCUGAAGUCAAUACUGUGAACGUUGAGCUACCGGAGAUUUUGUUAGGGAUGUUGUGUGUAGAGGCCUUAUCAGCCAGUCGGAAUGUUUUCCGGAUUAUAUCUUGUACAUAUGCAUUCUUUUCAAAUAAGCUUCUUGCUCGGACGGUGUUUAUUAGCAACACGGCAUGACGUUUGUUUCA